AUCAGGUGAAUAACUAUUUUCAAGUCUAUAUAGCUAUAGCUAGCCUCAUACCAAGAAAUGGACACAGAGAUGAAUCUCAAGGACACAGAGUUAAGGUUGGGAUUGCCAGGAAGCGAUGAGAGGGAGAAACGUUCAUGCAGUUACUCAUUUGUUAGAAGUAACAAGAGAUCUUCACCAGAAGCAAGUGAGGAAGAGUCCAUAAGCAAGAGCACCAUGAAUUCUGAUGAUUCUGAUACCACAAGUGAUGAUGACCAAGACAAUAUCCCACCUGCAAAGGCACAAGUAGUGGGAUGGCCUCCAAUUAGAUCUUAUAGGAAGAAUAGUGUACAACAGAAGAAGGAUGAAGAGGAUGAAGGGGCUGGGAUGUAUGUGAAAGUGAGCAUGGCUGGUGCACCUUACUUGAGGAAGAUAGAUCUUAAGGUUUACAAGAGCUACCCAGAACUCCUCAGGGCCUUGGAAAAUAUGUUCAAGUGCACAUUUGGUGAAUAUUCAGAAAGGGAAGGGUACAAUGGAUCUGAAUAUGCUCCAACCUAUGAAGACAAGGAUGGUGAUUGGAUGCUGGUUGGAGAUGUUCCAUGGCACAUGUUCAUAUCCUCCUGCAAGAGGCUGAGAAUUAUGAAAGGAUCAGAAGCAAAGGGUUUGGGUUGUUUUUGACCCCCAGGGUCCAUAUACAUAUGUCCGAAACAUGGAGUAAAACAAUUUACAGUGAUGUCAUC